AUGGGGGAGUCAUAUACGCAACCGAUUGUACUAGAUAAUGGAUCGGGAACUAUACGAUGUGGAUUUGCUGGGGAUGAUACACCACGUGUGAAUUAUUCUAAUGUUCUUGGGCGACCGAAGUACAAAAAGGUUCAAUGUUUACCGAGUGAUAUAUCUGAAGAUGACACAUUUGUUGGCAGCCAAGCACAACUUAAACGCGGAUUCUUAAAGUUAAGCUAUCCAAUAGAGCAUGGAACUAUUGAAGAUUGGAGAACGAUGGAACUGAUAUGGGAUCAAGUUUUCAACCAUGACUUGUCUAAUGCUGGGUCCAAAACUGAAAUUUCUUUAAAUGACCAUUCCCUCUUGAUUACCGAACAUCCUUUUACCCAACGUAAACAAAGGGAGAAGAUGUGUGAGAUCUUGUUUGAGACUUUUGGGUUUAGUUCACUCAAUAUUGGGAUGCCAAGCAUACUUUCUUUAUACGCUACUGGUAGGACGACAGGUGUUUCAUUAGACGUCGGGGAUGGUGUCUGUUGUAUUUCCCCUAUAUAUGAUGGAUUCGCACUACCGGGAAGCAUUAAGAGAAUGGAUUUAGCUGGUCGAGAUAUGACGAGACACUUGCAGCUAGAGAUAAUGAAGAAUGGGUAUACUAUGAACUCAUCAUCGGAAUUUGAAAUAGUUAGAAAUAUGAAGGAGAGAAUGUGUAGGGUGAGCUCAAGCAAGCUAGACAUUAGAGAGCUGUUAGACAAUGAGAAUGAGAGUUUCAAGUUACCCGAUGGAAAGUUUUUAGACAUACCUUCUUCUUCCCUUAGCAGGCCCUGUGAAUUGAUGUUUCAGCCAGAACUGUUUGGCAUCGAGGGAAUGGGUGUCCACGAAUUACUGUACAAUUCCAUUAUGAGAACUGACGUUGAUUUGAGAGGGGAAUUUUUUGAAACCAUUGUGCUUAGCGGAGGAUCAACUAUGUUCAAAGGUUUUGGGUCCAGGAUGAUCAAAGAGUUGAGAGGUUUAGACAAUGAAAUUAAGAUAAAAUUGUUUGCAUCUCCUGAACGUCGAAAUAAUUGCUUUAUUGGCGCCUCAAUCUUGUCCAAUUUGAGUACUUUCAAUAGAAUGGUUGUUUCUAGAAAGCAAUUUCAAGAAGAUCCAGAUUGUGUAUUUGAUAAAUAUUACUAA